AUGAAUAACCCAAACAACCAGCAUCACGAAUCGAUACGUAAAUUGAUUGCAUCUAAUUUCAAACAAUCAAAUCAAUCGCCAAAAUCGGAAGCACGUUCCGACGGUGAAAUCAAUCAAGAUGGGUCAACUACUCUGCCGACGGGACCAUAUUCGCCAUCAAUUCCCAAUCGCAGAAAAUCACAUUCAAUAAGUAAUGCAGAUUUGUCUCAACAAAGAUCGAAUACAAAGAAAGUGUCAUUUUCCAACUUGCAGUCGGCAAACUCAUCGCCCAUGACUAAUCAAUCCUCAUCAUCAUCUAGUGGGUCAAUAGAUAACUCAGAGAACGAGAAUAGCGACCAUGAUGAUGGGGGAAAGCAUGAAUCAUGUCCUCGGGCUCGAUACAAUGCUGGUGAUGUUGUAUUGCGUCGUCCUGAUUUUAAGGGCCCAGGUGGCAAGCUGAAAUUGGGUAUGGGUCAUGACUAUUUACAACCACAAAAUCAUGCUUCAUUUAUGACAAGUGUCUCACCUUCUCCAUCAAGUGUCUCACCAAGCGUGUCUACCACAUCGUUGAAUAAAAGAGUUGGAGGAAGGAACAGGCACAGUUAUGGUGGAGAGAAAUUAGCAUUAACAAAAUCAUUGGACUCUCAACUACUAGAACCUUCAGAAUCAAACAAUUCAGUCAACUCCUUCCUACCUGAAUUCAAUAAUAGACCCUUGACUGAUACACCUUUUGUGUCGUAUGUCGGGUCCCCCUUAACUAGGGAACAAUCCAAUACUGAAGAUUAUGACAAUCAAGAGACGGGUGCCACGGAUCUGGUUCACAAAUCGAAAAACAUUUCCCAUUUGAACUUGACAGACUUAGCUGAUAGCAAUCAGUCCCUGUCAGAGACUGAGUCUUUAAAGGAAGCAAGAAACUCUGCUGCUCACAGGGCAGCUUCAAUGGUUGGUACUCAAUCCGCAACUGUCAGCUAUGGCAUGAGACGGCCUUCAUAUGUGCCAACCGAUCCAGAGACUGAAUUAGAUGCGUCUAAGUUACAUUCAACCGCGGGGGAGGUUCAAGCAAACCCAGAACCUGGAGUAAGCACUCUAGGAGAUACAAAGAAGCAUACUGAAGAGCAAAAGAGAACACAACUAGAUGAACGGGAGAAGAGGCUCUUUGAAAUAGAAAUGGAACAAGAGAAGCAAAAACAAGCAGACAAGAAAGCAGAAAUAAAUUUGACCAAGGAUUUCUCACGCUUGUUGAAAGAUGUUCCACCGCAUAUGAAAGAACAAUUUGAGAAAACACCUUCUAUUGAGCAAUUAAAAAAUUUGCUUCUAACUGCAAAGCCACCGAUUUCCUCUAGGAAAACGUAUACUUUGAAUAUUCCAGGUCAAACAAAAUCGAAAACGUCGCCUGAUGGAAAAAUUGCAUCGGUUGAUGUUGGGUCGAAACUAGUCAUCGUAAUGGUUGGAUUACCAGCAAGAGGAAAGUCGUAUAUAACCAACAAGCUCACACGAUAUCUCAACUGGCUUCAACACGAUUGUCGGGUAUUCAACGUUGGUAAUACCAGGCGUAAGAGUAAAUUGAAUGCCGGACCAGAGCAAAACCCAUUGCCUGACUCGCAUCCAAAUUCUGAGGCACAAUCACCAAUCCAGGGAGCUGCUGGAGGUUUUGGUGAAGCAAAGAAAGAGGCAGUCAUAUCCAAACCAAAAACUACUGAACAUGAUGCCUCUUUUUUCAACCCGGAAAACAAGGCAAGUACAGCCUUGAGGGAAAAAUGGGCUAUGGAUACUUUGGAUAUGUUGUUGGACUAUGUCAUCAAUGGAAGUGGCUCGGUUGGUAUAUUUGAUGCUACAAACUCCACCAAACAUAGGAGAAAGAAAGUGCUCAAGAGAAUACAGGAAAGAAGCAAUGGUGAGUUGAAGGUUUUGUUUUUGGAGAGUAUUUGUAGCGAUCCAGCAAUUAUAGAAAGCAACAUUCGUUUAAAAUUGAGUGGACCUGAUUACAAAAACAUGGAUCCAGAAGUGGCCUUGAAAGAUUUUGUCGGAAGACUACAUAACUACAAAAAGGCAUACGAAACUAUUGAUGAAGAAGAAGAGCAGAUUCCGGGAUUUCAAUAUGUCAAGAUGAUUGAUGUGGGAAAGAAGGUGGUUAGUUUCAACAUCCAGGGGUUCCUUUCUUCACAAACAGUAUACUUUUUGCUCAAUUUCAAUCUUUGUGAACGUCAAAUUUGGCUUACUCGUCAUGGUGAGAGUCGAGACAAUGUCAGUGGUAGAAUUGGUGGUGACUCGCAUCUAACAAGACGUGGUAAGAAAUUUGCUAAAGCAUUGGCUAAAUUUAUGAAUUUCCAGCGUGAGGAGUUUAGAAAACACCAAUUGGAAAGAUUUUCCACUCGUUUGGAACUCAAAUAUAAUUCAAUGUUCAACCCUGAGGAUGUUGCUGCAAUACCAAAUGAACCCAAUUUUUGUGUUUGGACAUCAAUGAUGCAUCGUGCUGUGGAGUCAGGUGUUUACUUCAAUGAGCAGGUUUAUUCCGUUAAACAAAUGCGUAUGUUGAAUGAGAUUGGUGCAGGAAAGUGUGAGGGUAUGACGUAUGAGGAAAUACAAGACAAAUAUCCGAAGGAGUUUGAACUGAGGUUAGAAAACAAGUUGAGUUAUCGAUACCCUGGUGUUGGUGGUGAAAGUUAUUUGGAUGUCUUGACUCGGUUACGUCCAUUAAUCACCGAAAUCGAACGCACAACUGAUCAUCUCCUUAUUAUUAGUCAUCGUGUUGUCCUUCGUAUCCUUAUUGGUUAUUUCCUCAAUUUGCAACCCUCUGACAUUGUUCAAUUGGAUGUUCCGCUUCACUCGUUAUACAAGUUGGAGACAAAUCCUUAUGGAACCAAGUAUGCUUUGUACACAUAUAGGGAAGAUAUGGAUUGGUUUGUUGAGACGAAGCCAGAGAAUCAAAGGAAUGUUCAGGAAAUGGGAUUAGCGUUUAAUGAAAAGAGGUUUUCGAUUGUGCCUACGGUUCCGAAAAAGUCGCUUUAG